GACGCGGACGGCGCUCUCAUCAACAACGAAGCGAAGUGGAGAAAUGUCAAAAACAUACCGCUUGGAAGGAUGUUUUCACGAAAUAAGUUCUCCUAAAAUGCUAUAUCUCUUUUACCAGGGGUGGCGGUCUUAAACAAUACUAAGCAGGAGAAGACGGAACAGUAGCAGGUUUCUCCACAGAUAUUCCUCUUUUUUUUUUUACAUCAGAAGUAUCACACUCAAGAGGAUCCAUGUCUUUUCUUCGUUGGGUUACUGAAAAGUUGAGUGUGGAGAGCCUGCGGGAUUUGGAGUUAUUUGGAGGCCCAUGAGGACAGUCAGGAUAGUUUGACCUCCUUCCCACAUUGGGACACGAUGGGCAGCUUCCUCCCUGACAGCAGCGCCUAUGAGCUCCUGGCUGUUAUCGGCCGAGGCCUGGACGACCUGAUGACUGUGAACCUGGCUCGGUACAGACCCACCGGGGACCACGUGGCCAUCCGACGCAUUGACCUGGAGUCAUGCACUAAUGACAUGGUGACCUACCUGCAGGGUGAGCUGCAUGUGUCAAAGUUGUUCCACCACUCCAGUAUUCUGCCCUACAAGAGCGUCUUCAUAGCAGAGAAUGAGCUGUGGGUCAUCACACCCUUCAUGGCAUACGGGUCAGCCAGAGAUCUCAUCUGCACCCAUUUCACUGACGGCAUGAGUGAACUGACCAUCGCCUACAUUCUACUGGGCAUGCUCAGAGCUCUGGAGUACAUCCAUCACAUGGGAUACGUGCACAGGAGUGUGAAGGCCAGCCACGUGUUGAUCUCAGCAGACGGACAGGUGUGUAUGUCCGGUCUACGCAGCAUCUUCAGUCUGAUCCGUCACGGACAGAGGGCCAAAGUGGUUCACGACUUCCCCCAGUACAGUGUCAAGGUACUGCCGUGGCUGAGCCCAGAGGUUCUACAGCAGAACCUGCAUGGCUACGACUCUCGCUCAGACAUCUACAGCCUUGGAAUCACAGCCUGUGAACUAGCCAACGGACACGUGCCCUUCAAGGACAUGCCGGCCACACAGAUGCUGUUGGAAAAGCUGAACGGGACGGUGCCGUGUCUGCUGGACACCACCACCAUCCCACCAGAGGAACUCUCCAUGAAGCCUUCGCGUUCCGGGGCCGACUCUGGGAUCUGCGAGGGUCCCGGAGCUGGAGGGGUUCGCCACUCUAACGGAGACCCCUCCUCCACAUCAGGAGGACACCCCUACAACCGCACAUUCUCCCCACAUUUCCACGCAUUUGUAGAGCUGUGUCUGCAGAGGGAUCCGGAGAAGAGGCCGUCAGCGUCCACUCUAAUAGGACAUCCCUUCUUAAAGCAGAUCAAACGGCGGCCGUCAGAGGCGCUGCCCGAGCUGCUCCGACCCGUUUCCCCCAUCACCAGUUUCGAGGGCUCCCAGCCUCAGGACUCGCCGUCUGGACUGGCCAGUCUGGAGUCCGGUCUGAGCCACCUGGAGGUGGACGACUGGGACUUCUGACAGUGGAGGACGCUCAGAGGAUUCUAACGACUUUCUAAACCAAGGGUGUCAAAUGCUGCGUUUCUGCUACGUGGUACUGGCUCGACUCGACUCGGCCUUUUUAACGUUUCCAUUACGUAAAAGAACCUGGAAUCUGGUACCUGGUACU